AUGCAAGAGGAGUUGAAUCAAUUCAACAGAAAUGAUGUGUGGUACCUUGUUCCACGUCCCAAAGACUCAAAUGUAAUUGGUAUCAAGUGGAUUUUUCAAAAUAAGACAGAUGAGAAAGGGAAAAUUAUGCGCAACAAAGCCAAACUUGUUGCACAAGGCUAUACUCAAAUUGAAGGUUUGGAUUUUGAUGAGACUUUUGCUCUGGUUGCACGAUUGGAAUCUGUUCAACUGCUGUUGUCUAUUGCAUGUCACCUUCGGUUCAAACUACACCAAAUGGGUGUCAAGAAUGUGUCUCUAAAUGGUGUUUUAAAAGAGGAAGUUUAUGUGGAUCAACCCGAAGGAUUUCAAGAUCCUAUCCACCCCAAUCAUGUAUAUCGUCUGAAAAAAGCUCUCUAUGGCCUAAAACAAGCCCUGAGAGCAUUGUAUGAUCGACUGUCCACUCAUCUUUUUCAAAAAGGGUACACUCGUGGUAGCUUUGAUAAAACCCUCUUCGUCAAAAGAACCAAACGGGAUUUAAUGGUCGCACAAGCCCAACAAUUCAAUGGAGGAAUGUUCAUCUCUUUGGCCCAACAAUUCAAUAGAGGAAUGUUCAUCUCUCAAACAAAGUAUACCAAAAACCUUGUGUCUAAAUUUGGUAUGGAAUCCACCAAGUCCUUUCGAAAUCCCAUAAGCCCAAGCACCAAGCUUUCCAAGGACUCACAUGGCAAAAGUGUAGACCAAAAAUUAUAUAGAAGCAUGAUUGGCAGAUUGUUAUAUCUGACUACUAGUAGACCAGACAUUUGUUUCAAUGUUGGACUUUGUGCUCGCUUCCAAUCCAAUAGCAAAGAAUCACAUCUACUUGUUGUGAAGAGAAUUCUUCGCUAUGUAAGUGGUACUACAAACUUUGGUGUAUACUACUCCUUUGACUCAAAUGUUGAACUUGUAGGUUAUUCCAAUGCGGAUUGGGCUGGAAACAUUGAUGAUAGGAAAAGCGCAACUGGAGGAUGCUUUUACUUAGGCAACAACCUUGUCUCCUAG